UUCUCCUUGCCUUGCAGGCAGAGACAUAGUGUUGUGCAUCUUGCAACAAGAGAAGAAGCAGGUGCAGCUACAUUGCAGGUCAGCAUGAACGCGUUCCAUCUCACUGCUGGGCAGUUAAGACGGAAGCUGAAUCGAUCGAUACGACACCGGUCCGGGAAAGGUACACAAGCGUGCGACGUUAGCGUAGAAAAUGUGAGGCCCUUCAAAGACAUCCCCGGCCCAGGAGGUGUUUAUAACAUUCCACUCAUAGGCGCAAUGUUCCAUUUCAAGCCUUUCAUGACUGAGCUGCAAACCACAAUUUCUACCCCAGCUGAUCACACAACAUGGACAGUGCACCGACUGUUUAGCGACCUUCUGGAGACGUAUGGGUCGUUGGUUCGAGUCCGUCUCGGGGAAUGGACAGUCUUGAUUGAGGACCCUGCUGACAUGGAAAUUGUAAGGCGCUGUGAGGGGAAGUACCCCAAGAGAAGGCUCUACCCGAUACACUCUCUGUAUUGUGAACACAGCGGCUUCAAGAAAGGUCUGGCACAUUUGCAGGGUAAAGAAUGGUACAAUUUCCGACGUCCUGUCAAUCCACGACUAAUGCGGGUCAAUUCAGCUCAGCAUUAUCUGCCAAUUCAAAACGAGGUUGGUGAUGAUCUUGUGAUCCUCCUUCAACAGGAAACCGCCAAGCCGGAGGAAAUGUUGGAUUUGUUGUACAGAUACGCGUGUGAAAGCAUCGGCGUUGUGACCUACGACCGACGACUGGGUUACCUCAGCCCCAACAUUGAUGACUACCCAGACAAGCUGCAGGUCCUCGCUGACAUCAAGGCAGUCCUGGAACUCGUCAGUGACAACCAACACGUGCCCGAGUUUAUCACAAGAUAUUUGCCACUGAAGGAGAAACGAGUGUAUAAAACAGUCGCAGAUCGCCUUGUCAGCAAUGCACGCGACUAUUAUGAAAAAGCAAUGGAGGACAUCAACAGCAGAGUCAAAGAAGGCACAUCAAAUCCAGAAGAAAACAACUUCAUGCUGUCUCUGAUUAUGACGGACAAGAUGUCAGUUGGGGACAUGGUCGCUAUAUCUAUGGAUCUCUUCAUUGCUGGAACAGAUUCGACCGCCCGCAAUCUGCAGAUGAUGUUGUAUAACAUGGCCGUGAAUCCAGACAAGCAGCAGAAACUGUAUGAGCAGAUCCUCAGUGUCCUAGGACCUUCGGGUCCUCUCACCGGAGACGCCCUCAGCAAGGUGCCCUACAUGUCAGCGUGUCUCAAAGAGUCCUUUAGGCUGACAUUCCCCAUUGUAUCAGGCACUCAGCGAUACUUACCAGGAGACAUAAUCUUGCAGGGACACAGGAUCCCUAAGGGGACAUCGCUGAUAAUGAUGAACCAGGAAACUGCCAAAAAUGAGAAAUAUUUCCCUGCCCCAGAGAGUUAUCUCCCCGAACGAUGGCUGAGGGACAGUGAAGGCAAACGAGCCACGCCAAUACCGCCAUCUGCCUUGCUUCCGUUCGGCUUUGGUCCAAGGCAAUGUCUUGGGAAGAGAUUUGCUGAGCAGGAAAUAUACUUGGCAGUAACAAAGAUAAUACAGAAGUUUGAAGUGUCGUUGGAGCCAGGACAAAAUGAAAUUGAGAUACAUUAUCGGCCUUUCGUCGGGACCAAAGAACCAAUCAAAUUCAAGUUCAAGGAGAGGAAGUCGUACAAACACCUCUCUCAACAUCGGCACACAAUGAAGUGGGCAGUCAGAGGCAUUCGGAAAGCGUGGCUCAAACUACGAAUGUCCUCGCAUACCGCCACUGGGAGAGAUAUGGAUAUCCCAAAGGCCAGACCGUUUCAAGAAAUUCCUGGACCGAGUGGGGUGUACAAUAUACCCUUAAUUGGAGCCAUGUUUUUGUUCAAACCGUUCACAAAAUACACCGUGGAGACAGCGAACAUGUUGUACAAUGAUCUCGCCAGCCAGUACGGCCCCCUCGUCCGUGUUCGCCUGGGUGAGUGGGUGGUGCUGGUGUCGGACGUGGGGGACAUGGAGAGGGUGAUGCGGAGUGAAGGGAGGUACCCCCGGAGGAUGGAGCCCUAUAUCAAUGUCUUGCACUGUGAGAAAUACGGCAUACCAAAAGGAGUUGGUAGUCUAGAGGGAGAAGAAUGGCACAGAUAUCGAAGUCCUCUAAAUGCCCGGAUGAUGAAAGUCGAUUCUGCGCAUCACUAUCUUCCGGUACAGAACGAAGUCGCAGAUGAUCUUGUAGCUCAGAUAAAACUGGGUAAAAUCCAAAAGGAUGGCGCAUUGGAAAUGUUCUUCAGAUAUGCCUGCGAAAGCAUCAGCGUGGUUGCCUACAACAAACGUCUUGGGUACCUGAGUCCACACACAGACAGUGAUCCUGAGAAAAUGCAAGAUCUGAAAGACAUACAGACGAUGUUUAAACUGAUGAAUGAAACACUUACUAUUCCCCAUAUUUUACUGAAGAAAUUACCAUGGAGGGCGAAAAGAGAAUACGACGCUGCAGUGAAUCGCAUCAUCAGUCAUGCUACAGACUAUUACUCCAACACUCUGACGAACAUCCAGCAGAGACAGCAGGACGGCGUCGUGGACGAGAACAACUUCAUGUUGUCGCUGUUGAUGUUAGACAAACUCUCGGUUGAAGAAAUGGGAUCGGUGGCAUUCGAACUAUUUAGCUCGGGGACAGAAUCGACAGCGCGGAACCUCCAAAUGGUUCUGUAUUAUCUUGCACGUAAUCCAGACAAGCAGAACAAGUUGUUUGCAGAAGUCGUUGAGGCUGUUGGUCCACGGGCUCCGCUCACGACGGAGGCCCUCGGGAAGAUGAAGUACAUAUUCGCUUGUAUGAAGGAGUCGUUCAGACUAGCCUAUCCUAUACUGUCCGGUCCACAGAGAUACAUACCCACCGACAUUGUGCUUCGAGGCUACAGGAUCCCUGCAGGUACCUCUGUAGCCAUGAUGAACCAGAAAGCGGCAAAGGACGAGGAAUACUUUCCUGAUCCGGACAGGUUCCUCCCUGAGAGAUGGCUGAGAGACGAGACAGGAAGAAGGACGGUUCCCAUCCCGUCAUCCGCUGUACUUCCGUUCGGGUUCGGCCCUCGUCAAUGUGUAGGGAGGAGGUUUGCGGAACAAGAAAUAUAUCUCGCAAUAACAAAGAUAAUGCAGCAUUUUCAGGUGGAUCUAGAGCAAGGACAUGAAGAGGUAGAACUCAGAUACAGAAUAUUUGUGGGGACCAAACAUCCUAUCCGCUUCGUCUUCAGGAGGAGGUCAUGACAUUGCGUGGAUGAAGAGGUUGCUGAUUCCAUGGCACUGUUUUAAAUAACACCGUAACUACGUACAAGGCUUGAAUAGCUAUUACAUGCUUUCACUUCAUGUACCGUCAUUGAAAUUAGGACGCAUUGCUCUUAUGAACUGAUGUGUGAAAAUGGUUUGGUAUAAACCACUUCAAACAGAUUUUUGUUGUUAACACCGCACUCAUCAAUAUUCCAUCUGUAUGACGGAUGUCUUUAAAUAAUCUGGUCUGAACCAGACAAUCUAGUGAUUGACAUCAUGAGCAUCGAUCUACGCAAUUGAAAUACGAUGACAUGCAUCAACCAAGUCAGCGAACCUGACCACCCUAUCCCGCCUCUUACGAUAAGCAUGGGUUGCUGAAGACCAAUUCUACACGGGUCUUCAAGAAUAGCUUUAAACAAAAUUUCAGUCAUAUCACGUGGUGUCAGCAUGAUGCGAGAGGAACGCCGGAAGUGAUGCAGGCCUUAGGCGUUUACCCACGAUCAUGGCUAUGGUGCUCACAAACCUUGAAUCUAGGAUGCAAACCCAUGAUCACUCCUAAGACAGGCCACGUGCCCCUUUUCUUGACUGAAUCAGUUACAUACACAUCAAACAUUUAUAUUAGAAUACAAUUCUGAAUGAGUUGGCGCGGAUAAAAAAAAAGACUAUCACAUUUGAACCCAAAGAUCAAUGUGCGGAGUACUGCAGCGAAUAAUUCUCAGCUCGUUUCCUUAUCGUGAGCUUUUGCGGGCAAUAAUUACUGAUACUCUGAGUAGAAGUCUCUACCCUUUUCAUAUAAUUGCGUGUGUAGAACUUAUCGAGUCUUGGUAUUAUAUCUGAACUGCUUGGCCAGCCCUAAACAUUGAAGUGAAGUUUAUUUUAUCUACCGUAUUGGAUUUGUUUUUGUUUGUGUGUUUGUUUGUUAUACAACAUUGCACUAAAUGGUGGCCUGUAAAUAAUCGAGUAAUUGUCACAAUGUCCAACUACUCUGUCAGACCAGCGCACCCACGAGUGCAAAUGUUAACAAUAUCAGGCCAUGCGGAGAGAAACAACACAUGUUCUAUUUCUUAUGUACUUUCUAACUGAUCUUCACGACCUUACUCUGAAAACCAUUAUGUCAUUGAGGUUGAUUGAAUCGGUUCCGACAUGAAUUGCUGUUUCACUUUAAUGAAACAUAAAC